CACGCACACAUCUGUAUCUAUUGUAUAUCUAUCAUUUAUGUUCACCUGUCUCUACUUCUUCCCCGAAUCAUUUUCUCUCUCCGAUCUCCCUUUUUGAGCCUCACCUCACCUACACAUGCAUAUGCAAAAACAAAUGCAUACACAAAUUUAGCAUCAACUACUUUCGCUUCUGCUGCUUGGACUAAAUCAAGAAACCUCUUUUUUAGGUGAAUUACUGAGCUGAAACAGCUUAAAGAGGAGCUGCUUUGCGCUAAAGUAGGGAUUUUUGGAUUCAGGAAAUGUUGAAUUUGGUGCCUCGAGUUGACCAAGAUUUGCUAAAAGUUUGUUAACUGAGGACACUAAAUCAGCAUUGGCGCUUGGGCACUUGUAUCAAGUGUUACGUAAAUGCAUAGUGGACGUGUGGAGUCCUAGUCUUCGAGGAACAGAGUUGUAGUUUUUGCAUAGUGGAAGAUUGAAAUUCCCUAUCUGUUCGUAUUUAGUUUUAUUUGUUGUAUUGGGAUGGGUUGUCACUGUUCAAAGCUGACCUUGUGUUGUUUUAGUUCAGAGCAUAAUGGACCUAUUCAUGAAGCCAAUAGUGCUGAGAACGAGGAGAAAAGUGAAAUUGGUGAUUUACCUACAUUUCGUGAAUUUUCUGUUGAACAACUUAGGGCAGCUACAUCUGGGUUUGCAGUAGAGAACAUAGUUUCUGAACAUGGGGAGAAAGCUCCAAAUGUGGUUUAUAAGGGGAAAUUGGAUAAUCAGAGGCGGAUAGCCGUCAAACGUUUUAAUAGGUCUGCUUGGCCUGACGCGCGUCAGUUCAUGGAAGAAGCAAAAGCAGUUGGCCAACUGCGGAACUACAGAUUGGCUAAUUUGCUUGGCUGCUGCUGUGAAGGUGAUGAGAGGUUACUGGUUGCUGAAUUUAUGCCCAAUGAAACUCUUGCAAAACAUCUGUUUCACUGGGAAACACAACCUAUGAAGUGGGCAAUGCGAUUAAGAGUCGCUUUAUACAUUGCACAGGCUUUAGAAUAUUGCACAAGCAAGGGUCGGGGACUUUAUCAUGAUCUUAAUGCCUACAGAAUUGUCUUUGAUUACGAUGGGAAUCCCAGAUUGUCAUGUUUUGGAUUGAUGAAGAAUAGUAGAGAUGGGAAAAGCUACAGUACAAACUUGGCAUUUACUCCACCAGAGUACCUAAGGACUGGAAGAGUUACCCCAGAAAGUGUAAUUUACAGCUUUGGAACACUUUUGCUUGACCUUCUAAGUGGAAAACACAUCCCACCAAGUCAUGCCCUUGAUUUGAUUAAGGAUCGGAAUCUUCAGAUGUUAACGGAUUCUUGUUUGGAAGGUCAAUUUUCUAAUGAUGACGGAACAGAGUUAGUCCGCCUGGCUUCAAGAUGCUUACAAUAUGAACCCCGUGAGAGACCAAAUCCAAAAUCAGUAGUUGCUGCAUUGAUUCCUCUUCAGAAGGAAACUGAGGUUCCUUCUCAUGUUUUAAUGGGUAUUCCUCAAGGUGGAGAGGUAGUGUCCUUGACACCCCUUGGCGAAGCAUGCUUAAGAAUGGAUUUAACUGCCAUUCAUGAGAUAUUGGAAAAACUUAGUUACAAAGAUGAUGAGGGAGCAGCAACUGAGCUUUCUUUCCAGAUGUGGACAAAUCAAAUGCAGGAUACAUUGAACUCAAAGAAAAAGGGUGAUGUGGCUUUCCGGCAUAAAGAUUUUAGGGUUGCCAUUGAUUGUUUCACGCAGUUUAUUGAGGUUGGAACAAUGGUCUCCCCAACUGUUUAUGCUCGCCGAAGUUUGUCACAUCUCAUGAGCGACGUGCCACAGGAGGCCCUCAAUGAUGCAGUGCAAGCACAAGUUAUAUCUCCUGUUUGGCAUAUAGCUUCGUAUUUGCAGGCUGCUGCUCUUUUUGCUCUAGGGAGGGAGAACGAGGCACAGAUUGCACUCAAAGAAGGCUCCAUACUCGAAGAGAAGAGAAACGGAACAUCCUGAGAGGCAGGAAAACGUGUUGAGGGAUUUUCAGGCGCUGAGAGGCAUGUAUAAAUGAGGAGGGACAUGGUUUAAGGAGAGCAUCAUCAAAGUCAGAGCAACUUAUUAGAGCGUAAUGUUAUCAUUGGCAUCCAACGGGAUUGUGUUUAGUACAUGAUUGGAUGGGCUGUUUCGUUGGGUUGAUGCAUCGAAUGCUUUGGCUUUGCAGAAGCAAGGCAAUAUGAUUGUGUGGCAGUGAAAAGGGAUGGAUCACCAUGUUGAUAAAGAGACAUGCUAUAUUUUCUUAUUUGUAUUUUGUCACACUCAUUUCUUGUUUGUUGGUUUUUAGAUGAUUUUAUUUGCUUCAGUAUAUUGUUUGUAUUUGGCAUUGUUAAACGAGUGGUUGAAAAUUAUUUGAGCCAAUUAUCUUUA